AUUUCAUUUUCACACAAAAAAGAGAGCCAAAAAAUAAUAAGAUUAAGAGCAACUUGCAAACAAACUAGUUUAAUGUUUUGACUUAGACAAAUGAAAUGAGAACCACCUGCGAUCUCAAUUUCUUUGCUGCAACUGCUUUGGUUGCCUGCACUAAUCAAUUAUUACUAUUACUGUCAAGCAUUCUGUUUACUUUUUCCCCAUCUAUCUUUGAUUGAUUCCUCUGCGAGAGCAAAAACAUGGCAAUUGGUGAGAUUUUUCUUGCUGCAUUCCUUGGAAUGCUGUUUACAAGAUUGACAUCUCCUGAGUUCUUGAAGUUUGCACGUCGAGAGGGCAUUUGGAAGAAGGCAGAGAAGUGGAGAGGGAUGUUAUUGAAGGUCCAGGAGGUACUUGAUGACGCGGAAGAAAAGCAGCUGACGGAAAAGGCUGUGAAGAUAUGGCUGGAUGAUCUAAGAGACUUGGCAUAUGAUGUGGAGGACUUGCUUGAUGAAUUUGCUACUGAAUCUUUACGAAGGGAGUUGAUGGCAGCAGAAGAGGCUAGCACAAGCAAGGUACGGAGGAUAGUGUCUACUACCUUAUCAUUUACCAAAAUCAGUGCAAGUGCUAUUAAGUUCAAUCCCAAGAUGAGGUCAAAGAUGAAAGAGGUGAGUAGCCGGUUAGAUGGAAUGGCGAAGCAGAGAAUUGAACUUGGUUUAGAAAAGAUGAGUGGAGGUAGAAGGACAUCAACUGAUGUAUGGCAGAAACCACCUAGUGCCUCUGUCCCAAAUGAACCUGUCAUCUAUGGCAGGGAUGGAGAUAAGAAGAAGGUAAUUGAUUUGCUGUUGACAGAAGAGGCAAAUCACGGUGAUACUAAUUUUCAUGUCGUUCCAAUUGUCGGUAUGGGUGGUAUCGGCAAAACAACUCUUGCACAGCAUGUGUUUCAGGAUGAAUUGGUCAAGGAAUGGUUCAGUACAAAAGCAUGGGCUUGUGUGUCGGAUGACUUUGAUGUUAUGAGAAUAUCAAAGGCGAUUCUCGAGUCAGUCACUCCGCAUCCCUGUGAUUUCAAGGAGUACAAUCAAGUUCAGGUCAAAUUGAGGGAGGCGCUAGCCGGAAAGAAGUUUCUUCUUGUUUUAGAUGAUGUAUGGAACAAGAAUUAUGGUCUCUGGGUAGCGUUGAAAACUCCCUUUGCAGCCGGAGCACCAGGAAGUAAGAUAAUUCUGACCACUCGUGAUGCAGACGUUGCACUAAUGGUUGGACCGACUGAAUACCAUUGCCUAAAGCCACUAUCAGACCAAGAUUGCUGGUCUGUGUUUGUGAAGCAUGCAUUCGAAAAUAGAGAUCUCGGCGCACAAACAAACCUCCAAUCAGUUUGUGAGAGAAUCGUUACCAAGUGUAAGGGUUUGCCUUUGGCAGCCAGAACUCUUGGUGGCCUCUUACGCACUAAGCAAAGGGAGGAUGAGUGGGAAGACAUACUGAAUAGUAAGAUAUGGGACUUGUCAGACUCCCAAAGUGACAUUCUCCCUGUUUUAAGAUUGAGCUACUACCAUCUCCCUUCACAUUUGAAGAGGUGUUUUACAUAUUCUGCUCUAAUUCCGAAGGAUUUUGAAUUUGAAGAGAAGGAUCUUGUCCUUCUAUGGAUGGCAGAAGGUUUGGUUCCACAACAAGUACAGAACAAGCAAAUGGAAGAUAUGGGUGCGGAGUAUUUUCGUGAUCUAGUGUCGAGGUCAAUUUUUCAAGUAGCAAACUGUGAUGAAUCUCGAUUUGUGAUGCAUGAUCUCGUGAGUGAUCUGGCUCAGUGGGCUGCGGGAGACACAUGUUUUCAAUUGGGUAAUGAUUUGAAUGCCAUCAAGCAGUUCAAAGUAUCCAAGAGAGCUCGCCACUCCUCCUAUAUCCGUGGCUGGGAUGGUAUCAGAAAGUUUGAAGUAUUCCAUACUACUAAACGUUUACGAACUUUCCUACCACUGCCAUCUCUUUUAGGUCAUAAUACAGGCUACUUAACUAGUCAUGUCCCUUUUGAUUUGUUGCCAGAAUUAGAAUUUCUGAGGGUGCUGUCUUUAAGUGGUUACUGCAUUGAUACGCUACCAAAUUCAAUUGGAGAUCUGAAACAUUUAAGGUUUCUUAAUCUUUCCUUCUCGGCAAUCAGAAAUUUACCUCAAUCAGUAUGUUCUCUAUACAACUUGCAGACUUUGUUACUGAAAGGAUGUUGUCUUCUUGAAGGGCUGCCUUCAAAACUGGGGAGUCUCAUCAACCUCCGGCAUCUUGAUAUCACAAGUGCAAGUUCAAUCAAAGCGAUGCCAAUGGGAAUUGAAAAGCUGACAAAUCUGCAGACACUUUCCAAUUUUGUCCUGGGCAAAGAUAAGGGCUCUAGGUUGAGUUCCUUGGUGAAUUUGAAAUCUCUUCGAGGAACGCUUUGUAUUACAGGCUUGGAGAAUGUGAUUGAUGCUCGGGAAGCAAUGGAGGCCAACAUAAAAGAUAUAAAUAACCUUGAAGUUUUGUUGCUGGAAUGGAGUCCCAGAACAGAUAAUUCACGAAAUGAGAAGGUUGACAAAGAUGUGCUCGAUGAUCUUAGACCUCAUGGAAAAGUCAAAGAACUCACCAUCAACUGCUAUGCUGGCCUAACAUUUCCAACCUGGGUAGGAAAUCCAUCAUUCUCCAGCAUAUUUCUCCUAAGGUUAGAGAACUGUACAAAAUGCACUUCCUUGCCACCUCUUGGACUGCUGCCUUCUUUAAAAAAUCUCAGCAUAGUAAGUUUAACUGCAGUAAAAAAAGUAGGUCCUGAAUUUUAUGGACAAGGUUGCUCAAAGCCUUUUCCAGUUUUAGAGACUUUACUUUUCAAGAACAUGCAGGAAUGGGAGGAAUGGAUUCCUUGUGGGCUUGGUUCUGACGAAUUCCCUCUCUUGAAUAAGCUGUCUGUUAAAAGCUGUCCCAAUCUGUGCAAAAAAUUACCUCCAAGUGUUCCAUCACUAGAAAAACUUGUGAUUAAAAAAUGCGAGAAGUUGGUGGUAUUAAUUCAUAGUCUUCCAAAGCUGUGCAAAAUGGUAAUCAAUGGCUGCAAAGAAGUGGUGUACGAAGGUGGCGUUUAUCUCAGAUCUCUCAACUCCAUGACAAUUUCCAACAUUUCAAAGCUCACUUACCUAGCAGAAGGAUUCAUCCAACCAUUGGCAGAAGUACAGGAAUUGGAGAUUGCUAAUUGCAUGGAAUUGGCAUCUUUGUACGAAAAUGGAGUGGCAUUGGCAAAACAGCUCACUUCCCUUCUUAAGUUGGAGGUUAGAAACUGUCCCCAAGUUGUUUCUUUGAUGGAAGGAGAAGUACCUGUGUAUAUGCAACAGCAGCUGGCUAACUGCAAGCUUGAAUCUUUGACAUUUAGUACAUGUGAGAGCCUCAAGAAGUUACCACAAUGGGUUCACAGCCUAGUGUCCCUUAAAGAGCUGAAAAUUCAAUACUGUCCGAGACUCCUUUCGUUUCCCGAGGCUGGUUUGCCCUCCACACUGAGAAUCAUUGAGAUUGUUGGCUGCAACGCUUUAACCCCCUUACCUGCUGCAGUGACUUACAAUAUGAUGUGUCUUGAGCAGUUGCGCAUUGAAAAUUGCGAGUCUUUAAUAUCCUUUGGAAGAAUCCAGCUACCUCCAACUUUAAAAAAGUUGGAGAUAAGAUAUUGCGAGAAUCUGUUAUGCUUACUGGAUGAUGGGGAGGGAUCCUCGUCAAAGAAAUCUGAUGAGAAUACCAGUUGCAGCGGGAACAACUCAUCUCUUCUUGAGUACUUGUAUGUUGGAAUAUGCAACUCUCUCACUUCCAUAGGUGAGUUACCUUCAGCUCUUAAGUACCUCCAGGUUUGUUCAUGUUCAAAGCUCAAAUCCUUAUCAUCCAGAGACAAACUACCGGCAGGGCUUAAACACCUCGCUAUUGACUCGUGUGAAAAUUUGGAAUCAAUGCCGGACAGGUUUCAGGAUAACAUGUCCCUUGAAAAUUUGAAAAUAUGGUUCUGCUUUAACCUUAGAUCUUUGCCCGAAGGCCUACAUAAAUUAUGCCAUCUUCGUGAAAUUUCAAUAUGGUACUGUCCAGCUCUUGUUUCCUUUGCCGCUGAGGGGUUGCCCAUAAACCUAAGGAGGCUCUUCAUCAUCAAAUGUGAUGGACUCAAGGCUAUCCCUGAUCAUAUGCACAAUCUCAUGUCUCUUGAAGAACUGUCAAUUUACUACUGUCCAGACAUUGUAUCAUUUCCAGAAGAGGGUUUUCCUACUAGCCUAACAUAUCUUGCUACCGUAGAUCUUAAGAUCUGUGAGCUACUGUUUAACUGGGGCAUGCACAAACUCUCCGCUCUUAGAACCCUCAUCAUUCAAGGUGGAUUCUCUCAUAUAUCCUUUCCAUCUGUGGACAUGGGAGUGAGGUUGCCUUCUGCUCUAAACAGACUAAGCAUUGAAGAUUUUCCGAAUCUUGAGUACCUAUCCUACAGCGGCUUUCAAAAUCUCUCCUCUCUUGAACGCCUAAGCAUCAGUGACUGCCCCAAGCUCACAUCAUUUCCAGGGAAGGGCUUGCCUUCCUCACUUUUAGAACUACGUAUUCGAGCAUGUCCCCUUUUAGUACAACAGAUAAAGGGAAGAGUAAAAGAAUGGCUCAAGAUAAGGCACAUUCCAUACAUUAACAUAGACGGAAAAGUAGUCUCUGACCCAGCCACCCAGUUAUGAUCAAAUCACAAGCUGCUUCAGAGGCUGGCUAAAUGAAUUAGUAGGUGGUGCAAGGUGUUUAUGUUUCUCUUUGUCUCAUUUCUCGUUGAAGGGCCUUCAUAUUUGACCUUCAAGGAAAUAAUUAUUGAAAAAAGGUUGGUUCCUUAUCAACAAUUCAUCUCAACUGAAUUUCAUAACCUUAGCCUUGUCAGAAAACAAAUCGUAAUCUUGGGAAAUAGUCUGUUUCUUCAAUACCCUGUGGAAGGUAACUGGAUAUAGAUGUGAGUUUUACAAGGUAGACAUGCGAAUCCAAGCCUUGCCAUUGAAUUUUCCAUGCACACAUACAACAAAUAUCAGGAUAAAUCCCCGAAAAUGAAACUCAAGUCAGAGAUUUCAUGGAGUUAAAUGACUUGUAUCUGCCUUGGAGGCAGGAGUUUUACAGAACUGGCAAGCAGCUGACAGCAAAGACAACCUUGAUCUGGUAUAAAUCAGGUUGCCCGCAAGUUCUGAGAUUAUUGCAACUCCAAGAGGCUUCAUGCCCUUAUUUCCUGUGCUUGUUAUUUGCAUUUUUCAUGGAAUUCAAAAUUCUGCUAGCAAUCAUGUCCUGUCAUAAAUGUUGUAUUCAAGGAUUUAGUUUCCAAGCGAUGAGUAUCUGGGCUCGGGCUAUUGGAUCGGUAUGGAAUUGUGGUGGCCACCUCUCUUGUUUUGUUGGAUCCGAAUGAAGCCCAAGAUGGAUUUUUAUGAAUGGGCCUAAAUCCAAGGGGCUAUGCUUGAAGAAGUUCUACCAGAAAGAACAAACCCAAAAUCAUCUUUUACUACUUAGGCCAAGAUCAUCCAAGGCAAGGCAAGGCUAUUUGCUAAUUAUUAAUUAAACUCGACUAGAACCGGUGGAUCCACUCAUGAUUUAUUAAUUUAUGGUCUAAUUCAACUAGAACCGG